AUGCUUAGUGUAAUCAGAUCAAAUUUGUUACGAGUAAAUGUGGUUACUGUCCCCUCGAUUUUGUCUCAAUGGUUGCAAGGAAUUCUUUUAGCUGCCCCAAAAAAGAAAACAUCACAUAUGAAAAAACGUUCAAGGAUGCUUGGCGGUUCCCAUUCAAUGAAAAAUGCACAACCCUGGAACAAUUUAAAUAAAUGUCCAUCAUGUGGCCAUUAUAAAAGGGCUCAUACGCUUUGUAUGUACUGUGUUGGACAAAUUAGAUAUAUUUGGAAGAAUCAUUUACUGGGAGAAUCAAAACAAGUUGAAAAACCUGUACUAGACGAAAUUGAUAGAAGGAUUAUAUAUCCUGAGAGAUGUGAUACACCAUAUAUGAGAAAGUUGAAAGAUAAAGAUAGUUACUUAGAAAAAAGAAAAAGGACACUACCAGUUGAAGAAACUAAAUAA